AUGCACGCCUCCGCUGCCGUCCUCGCUUUCGUCGCUGUUGCGGCUGCUGCCCAGACCCCUGUGGCCCCUGUUGCUACUCCCGUCCCUACUCCCGGUGCCCCCACCAACGGUACUAAGCCCGGCUCUGGCUCUGGCUCUGGCUCUGGCUCCGGCUCCGGCUCCGGCUCCGGUUCCACCCCCGCCAACGGCGCUGCUGCCCUUGGCCUCAGCGGCCUUGCUGGUGCUCUCGCUGUUGCCCUUGCCCUGUAA